UUCAACCCUAACUCUUUCUCCACACUCUCAAACACUCUAAUCUUUCAAUUCUAUUCACUCUUGAAUUUCUUUGAAUCUAUUAUCUUCAUUUUUCCACUAUGGCCUCCUACACAGUCGUUUUGAUGCUGCUAAUUGCUACAUUGUUGGUUGGUUCCACCAUUGCUCAAUCUCCAUCAUCAUCUCCUACCAAAUCUCCCGUUGCUACUCCACCUAAGUCUUCUUCUCCCUCUCAAUCUCCAGCUGUUUCUCCUUCCGCUAACUCACCGGCGGCGUCUCCUCCCGUACCUGUAAAGAACGCUCCAUCUCCUUCACCAUCCACCCCCAACUCUCCACCAUCUCCUCCUUCCCCUUCCCCUGCUACUCCCACCACCGCUCCUGCCGUCACUCCAUCAGCGAUCUCUAAUCCUCCAUCUGAAGCACAAUCACCUUCCGCAAACGGUGCCGCUUUGAACAGAUUCACCGUUGCCGGAUCUGCUGCUGUGAUUUUCGCUGCUGCUUUGAUGAUGUAGAGAGCUACUUGCUUUUUAAUUUGAUCUAUUUUGGUUUCAAUCACGAAUUUACAUGGAUCGUGAACUUUUUUUAUAUUUUUUUGCAUUGUUUCGAUCUGUGUGAUGACUUAUUCAUUUGAUUAAUUUUGUAAUUUAUUUAAUUAUUAUUAUUUUAACGAGUGGUACAUUUUAUUCUUUUCA